UUUUACGCACUUUACUACACAGCGAGACCAUAUCAAGACUAUAAAAUUUCUUAUUCACAAGUCAGAAACUCGACGUGACAGCGCGUUUGCACAUUUCACGUCUCUUGUGAAAAACGCGGGAAAAAUAUUCGACAUCUACAGAUUACAGACGUAUUUGCAAAUUUUAUAGUGUUUUUUAUAUAUUUCUCUACUGUGUGGAGGUCAAGGUGCAGUUUAAUAUUAGAUGUUGGGCAUAGUGCCAGUAUGUUAGUAAACAGUGUGUUAUAAAAAUAAUUACAUUCGUAUACCAGUGAUAUUAAAUUGUAAUAAAUAAAAAAAACUAGGUCAAAGUCAAUAUUAUUUACGUUUUUGUGAGGGUUUAUGACUGUACAAUUUAAAGUGAACUAUAGUAAGAAAAACAAAGAAGUGAAAUCGUACCUCUGUGUUUCUUAUCUUUUGGGUAAAUUUAUUUAGAAUAGUCAUGAAGUUAGUAGAAUGAGUGUCGAUAUGAAAUCAUCGGCACAAGAAGGAUCAAGUCAAAUUCAGGACGUCCCUGACAGGAAUGAAAGAUCAAGGGCCCCAAAACAAACCCUAGAGUCAAGACUAUGGGAUUUAUUGCAGCCCCUGGCUAGGCUAUGGGGCAUCAUUACAGCCGUAGUGAUGAGCGGUGCUGGGGCAGAGCUUACGGUACUGGAGUAUGAUGUAGCACCGGCUUUGAUAGGCGGGGCGGCGUUAGUAUUAAUUAUGGAGACUAUGUGGGUGAUUGCUCUCUUUGUGGACCUGCUGGCUCGUCGUGGGGAGUACACACUUGGUUUGAGGUGCUGGGACUUCUUCAGAUGGUGCUGUGGUAGGGCGCGAGCGCCAUUCUAUGCUUGCGUUGCUACUGCUCUGCUCUUUGCCAAUCUCACACUACUUGCUACAGUAUCGGGUGGAAUGUUAUUAGUACUAGCCGCCCUACGAGCGGCAGUACCCUUCUCGCCUUACGCUCGACAAGGGCCCCAUUCACCAAGGGCGGGCAGUUCCUUGCUGAGCCAACAUGAGAAUCUACCAGACGUCUACUAUAACGCAGCUAAUAGUAAUGGUGAAAGAUGCGAAGAAAUGACAGUUUUAAAUGUACAAUCUCCGAAGAAAUCACGUUCUGUUUCACCGAAACCGAAGCUUUUGGAAAUAUAAAACAUAUUUUAAAUUGUCUCUUGAAUGUAUUACUAUUAUCAAAAAGAUUUACUAUGUUUAAAUAUGUUUGGUUAUAUCAAAGAAGUACUGGUUACAUGUUAACAAAAUGGUAACCAUGGUAACCGAAAUCGUACUCUUUUUAUAAGGUUAUCAUUCAUUUUUAAUAUUGUUGUACGACUAAAAAUAGGUAGUCUUUGUACAGUGUAUUGUGCGUUUGAUUUAUUGAUCCAGCCCCAGAUAUGAGGAAUUUGACCAGUUCAAUGCAAACACUAUAUAAAUAUAAUAAUAGGUAGCUUAGACCGACCUCAAUUACAAUUAAAGUUAUACAUAUUCAGAACUUUACCGCAAGAUCUAGAACUACUUCGUGUACUUAUUUAAUUAACCAGAUACUUAAAAAUACUUAUUAAUUAAAUAUCGAAUAAGAAACUGUGAUAGUUUGUGUAAGUGUUCGUGUGAUUUGUUAAUAAAUAGUAAUUG